AUGUCCCAAAGCACCCCAUAUUUCCGCCCCUCGGCCCACGCCCAAGGCCUAGCCAACUACCCGCACGCUCGGACCAUCACCUCACCCGACGGAAAGGGAUCCUACAUCUACGUCUCAGGCACAUCUUCCCGACGAGGCGAUGGCACUUUUGUCGGAGCAAACCACAGCCAAGAUGCCGACGGCAAGACCACACUAGCGCUCGACAUCCGACAGCAAACAGCAGCCGUUCUAUCGAACAUUGAUGCCAUUAUCCAAGGCGCAUCGGAUGGCAAAGCAUCAAUUGCAAAUAUGGUAGAUGCGACUGUCUUUUUGACAGACAUGAAGGGCGACUACACUGGUAUGAACGAGGAAUGGAACCGGGUCUGGCCCGAUCGGAUCACUGCGCCGGCGAGGACGACUGUCGAGGUGCGGGCUUUGCCGCGAGACGAGAUUAUUGUCGAGAUUAAAUGUACCGCAUAUUUUGUUUGA